AUUAGAUGCAAGUCCUCAUGUCAAUGAUCCAAACCUUUUCCACAUCAGCAUGAAAACCUGUAUCCCAAACUAAGUUAGGAGUCUGCAUCUUCACUUCUUUUUCUUUUUACUGUGUUGUAAAAUUUGCUUUCAGAGCAAUUAGUUGCACCUGCUUUUAACUAAUGACCUGCAGCCACUUGACAACAGUAGAAAAGGAUAAAUGGUUUCUGUCUCCUCAGUUCUUCACUGUUUUUGAACUAUUAAGGUGACAGCAAGGUUCAUAGAGGUGGCAUGGGACUGCUCUCUGGAUGGUUGCUGUUGUCUCUGUUAGGUGUUGGAGGACCUCACGUAAAUGCAUACUAUACUGGAGCUGAAAAGUAUAGAGGGGAAGACGGGCAGCUGACUCCCUAUGACCCAGAGGAAUAUGGAUAUCCUGUUGAACAAACCUUCCCAAGAGGGGGUCCAACUGGUCCCAAGAAACCAAUUCUAUCGCCAGUGAAGCGUGACUAUGCUUCAGGAGGAACAAUGGGUCCUCUUAAACCAAUCCCAAUGCUAGUAGAAACUAGCUACCCAAUGAGGGAGCCUCUGGGUUCCACAAAACCAGUAUCUUGGCCUGUGGAGCCCAGUUACCCACAAUGGGAACCAAUGGAUCAAAUGGCACCAUCUCCUUUACCUGUGAAGCUCAAAUAUCCAACUCUGGAGUCAGUGGGUCUAUCAAAUCCACAAACUGAACAUGCAGGACCCAGAUAUCCACUUCCUGGUUAUGUUGACUCUCACAGGGGGCCAAAAAUGACCCCAGACCGCUUUUUCACAUCAGUGGCUCCAAGAAAGCCGGUUUACAAAGCCAAGCGACCAGGUGACUUGCUGAAAUAUCCUCGCAAACCACAUUACCUCACAAUCCGGACGAGAUAUGUACCCAAGCACCCAGUAUGGAGAAGGAAGUCUAGAUGGGUCAGUUAACAUCCGCUGUUGAUCUCCUGAGGUGCAAUUUCUGUACAAUUACUGCACUUUCUGUAUUUUUAUUUUCAGGCACAUUAAAGACUUUGGGAAAAAUCUAA